AUGGCCAUACACGAGCAGAUCGACAACCUGAACAUCUGGUGGUUCCCGCGCGACUUCUGCCAGUCGAGAUUCGGGGAGUUCCAGCAGAGCGGCACCAACUCGUGCACCCUCAUCUCGCUGAUCCUGGCCGACAAGGUGUCCAAGGCGGAGCGGUUCUACCACCGGGUGUCGAACAUGCCGCCACGCGGCCUGGAGCUGUUCGGCAACGCCAUGAACGAUGGCAACAAGGUCUACCACAACGUGAUCUCGGCCAACACGCCGCACGUGCGCAACCUCAACCUGAACAUCCCGGACGCGAUUGCGGCCAUCCGGUCGCAGCACAAGAUCAACUUCCGGCUGGAGGAGUGGUUCUACACGCACAUGGAGGCGGACACCUCCAGUCCCAUGUACAACCGGAACGUGGCCAUGCAGCUGUCCCGCAUCUUCCAGAUCACCCUGCAGGUCUUCCAGCAGGCCAUCGGCCAGGUGGCACCCACCCAGCUGUUCGCCGCCAUCAUUGCGGACAGUCGAACGGUGAUGGUGACCUUCGAUUUUCGGGUCUCGAUCGUCGCCCUCUUCGACUCCCACCAGCACGGCCGCGAUGCGGGUGCCGUCUUCGCCCAGUGCACCCUCCAGAACAUGGACGAUCUGCUCUUCUGGUUCAUCAGCAUGCUCCACAACGUCUACUCGAGCCGUCCCGCCCUCUUCGAGAUCUCGUUCCUCAGCUCGCAGCCGGGAGUGGCGAAGCAUAUUCCGCCGGCCAUCAAGAAGAUUGCGGGCGACCUCAAAAAGCCCACCAAGAACUAUGUGGCCUCGUAG